UUCGUUCGUGUAAGAUGAAAUUGGUCGGAUGGUCUUCGCGCGUGGUUACUUUCUGAUGACUUUGGGGGCAGUGAAGAUUCUGUGUGUGGAGCCGCAAUGGCAAGAAAGGCGUUGUUUUAGUGUUGUGAAGAGCUGUCUACACUGCCAAGAUAUUCUACGUGUGUGACUCGCAGCAUCCCUUCGGUGGAAUUCCAGUUUCGGUCCGGCUGGAUGCUUUGGAUGCUGGAUGUUGGUGUUAUUGUAUCGGCCAUUGGGUCUCUCGGUGACAGCGCCGCGUCUUGGUGAAGUGGUGUUGGUGUGAUUGCGAUUCUUGUUUUCGAUGAUCCCAAGUGGUGUUGUGGCUCUCGAGAGUGGUUUCCUAGAAAAAAGUUCAAGAUUUGACCAAUAAUUUACUGUUAUAACUGGAGAACAGCCGUGGUGAAAUUGGAUUAACCUUUACGCGGUGAGUUGCCCAACCGAUCGAAUGGUAUCGAGGGAAGAAGGUGCGGAGCGAAAAAAAAUAUGAGCAGAUCGAUUUAAUUCCGUACGAGCCCAACCAGAAACAAGUUGCCGAAGAACAAGACCGCGAAACAGAGCGCGGCUGAGUUUUGCCCUCGCGAUACACGAGGAGAGCCCAAGGUUCUUUGUUUUUGUUUUGACGAUUCGCGCCAGCCUAAGAGCAGCUUGCGGAGGCUGCAAACACACAAAGCACAAGACGUCAGAACGACGACAGAUUCGCCAUUCCCCGGUGUCCGGACUGCCGAGCCGAGCCAAACCGAGGUUCUGUAUCAAGUGAAAGGUGAAUAUCCGCGCGAAUUCAGGUGUGUGCAGUUAUCGCGGCGAGAAAAGGUGAAAUGUGAGAGAAGAAAUGUCGGAGAAGCAAACGAAGCAGCAAAAGUGAAAAGAAAAUAAUCGCAGCAUAUUAUAAGAGUUCUGUUUGUCCCGCAUUUAUUUCUGUUGCCAAAGUUCGUCGUUCUCACCGACGCGGAAGAGGAAGAGGCAAGAAGGAGCGAAUCAAAAGAAAAUUUAAAAAAAAUAAGAAAUCGAAAUCGUGGUUAAGGAAGAAAUAUCGAAGCCGGGCGAAGAAGAAGCAAAUAAGGUGUGCCUGAGAGUGAGUUAAUUUUUUGUUUGUUUGUUGUGUUUAAAAACCAGCGGAAGAGGGAAAUCAGAUUGCGUUGACGUGCCGAAGGACCAUUCAAAGGACACAGCAAUUGUGUGUGCCUGUGUGGAAGACAACAAAUAGUGCCAGAGGAGAAGAGCAGGAAGUGACUCCCCGAUCCAGGAUUCGGAGUAAUAAAUUGCAGCAGCACGAAGUGUUGUUUACAGUUCUCGGCUUUUGGAUGAUGUGAGAAAAUCCCUCCGGAAGGAAUCCAACAAAGCAAUAAAGGCGGACCGGCGAAGACACGCGGGAUUAAAGAAGAACCUGCCGCCCUAAGGUUGGAAAAGUUUAAUGACAGGUCGCGCACGAGAGAUCAACCGCCCCGAGUGUAGCGCCCCCCGAAAAUGAGAGACCGGCGAGGCUUAGUUUUAAUUAGGCGUUAAUUUUCUGCACGAACCUAGGGCAGCGAAAGUUUUGCUUUUUUUUUGUUUCUUCUGACGGGAAUAGAAAGCAAAACGAGUUUGCAAGCAAUUGUGACGUUUUGAGUGUGAUUGCAUGCGCAUCCAAGAAUGGCGGUCAGCAACAUCGUUUGCGAAUGGCUGCGCGCGCUCGGGCUCGGACAGUACGCGGAGAGCUUCCUGGACAAUGGAUACGACGAUUUGGAGAUCUGCAAACAGGUUGGCGAUCCGGAUCUGGACGCGAUCGGCGUUCAGAACCCGCAGCACCGGAGCAAACUGCUGAAGAGUGUGCGGCUGUUGCGCGAGAAGGGCGCCGCCAGUGUGUACUUUCAGUUGAAUGAUCCGAAGUCACUGCUCUCGGAUAAUAGCGAUAGUUUGGAGCGGGACAACUCGCCGCUGAUGCUGAACGAGCUUGAGGCGCUGUUGCAGGAACAACUGAAGGGAGACGGAGUCUGUCUGACGGCGCAUCCCUAUUCGACACCGGAUGGUGGACGGGGGCACCUCGAAGGACUGGCUUCGGUGUAUUGUGAAAUGCUGAUGGCCCCUUUCGGAGAAGUUCUGGCGGCUCUCGAGGAUGCACGACUUCGUGCGUGGUCCGAGCGAAGUCCGCACAGCUCCUCGGGUGGAAGCGGAGCGCAUCGAUCCGGCCACCGGGGGAACUCCUGCCACGGGGGGCUACCGAAUAGCCACAGCCAACCAAUUUACGUGCCCGGGAAGUAUUCGCCAUCCAGUUGUUUAUCCGAUAAAGAGGAGGAUGAAAUUUACGGCUUCGGCUACGGUGUGUUUGCCCCAAGGGUUGGCAGAACGACUCUGCAGCAACAGCAACAGCAGCAGUCUCAACCAAACUCUCAGCAACAGCAACAACAAUCACAAAAUUCCACCAAUGUACCUGCGAACAGUGCUGCCACACAGCAAAGCUGUCUCAGUCCACGUUCGGCGUAUUUUUACGAGUUUCCACCUGCAGACGGCAGAGACACGAGCAAGAAGCGCACGACGCUGGCGCGACUUUUGAGAGGAUUAAAGACUGUUAAUAGACGUGAUAGAUCAAAUCAAAACAACGGCACCGGUAGCGCCCCAAACGCCGGGACCGCGACACAGGCGAGGCCGCAGCCGAACGAAAGACUGAGACAUUUUCAAAUGAAUGGCGGUGGACCGCAGCCAAGUUUCGAGGAAACAAUUCAGAGGCUAAAAAUUCAAGAUGCACUUAGGAAAAAGGAAAAGUUUCAACGGGAACACGAAGAGAUACUCCGGGACAUCCGCCAGGGACUGCUGCAGCUCAACAGAGAUUCACGAGAUGACACCUACAUGUACGACGAUGCGGUUACCAACGUCAUGCGGAUGCCCCACCACGGCCACUGGUAUGACGAACCACCGUACGAGAGCGAUCCGGACGAUUUCCUCAUGUCCAGCAUGCGACAAGGUGAUCCCUCCGCAACGAUACACGGUGGUCGCGUUUGUUACACCUCCAACGGACGCGAGGGCCAAGGAGUGAUAUCCUUGAGAUUUGCCGGCGACAUUUCGAUACCACAGCGGGGUCCCAUCCGGCGGGGACUCAUCGUUCCGCAGCAACCACCGAACCCGCCGACCAUCAUUCCCCUAAAACACGCGAGAUCCCACGACAGAGAGAGUGGCGACUACGCCGGAUCGAUAUCGGAUCUGCACAGCGUUACCUCUCGCCUCAGCCAGGUUUCGAUUGGCACAAAUAAUUGCACUGCCCGUUAUCGCACACUUAGUGGCGGCAUGGGAGACGAAUCGCCGUCGCCCUCGCCGACGCCGUCCUCGGAGUACGACGAUAUACUGCUCCAGAAGCAGCUCCAGCACCAGCAGCAGCUGAAAGUGGACCACCAGAACGGGGGGAGUUCCGCUGGCAGCGCGAGUGGCCAAAGUGGUGUCAGCGGAGGAAUGGGAGGUCUCGGGAGUAAUGGCUCGGGGGGAACCACGGGAAGCGGCGAAGGCGGGGGGAGCAGUGGUGGCGGCGGCGGUGGAGGAUGUGGAGGAGGAGGAGGACUGGGAAUCGGUGGUGGCGGCAGUAGUGCGAAGAAUGGAGUCAACAAUCUUAAGAACUUGAAGGCAGCCAAGAACCGAAACAAUCUAUCUUCGUCGCUGGGAACGGCGGCAUCGCACAAUAAAAAUUUGACGAUAAGUCAACAAAUAGCUUUAGUACAUCAUUCCAAUGACGCUAGGACAUCGCCAAAGGACCAUCUGCUGAACGCCGGCAGUCGGAAUAAUAGGGAUUACAGCAACUGCCUAGACAGCAUCAGCGACCAGACCACAUUCCAGCAUUCGGCCAGCUCAGUGGAAAGUUUGCCCAGUGCAUCAGGUUCAAGCACGCAAGCCCUGGUCCGACCCGGAAGUCCCCACAGUUCGCUCUCGGCCGAGGACCGAACGACGAUGGUUCCGAUCUGUCGGGCGAUAGCGCUGAUCGACAGCAAUCCGAAUCCCUACGAUAAGGAAGCUUUAAGAUUUAAGAAAGGUGAUAUCAUAGACGUCCUUUCGAUGAACGCGUCGGGCGUUUGGCGAGGCUACGCAAAUGGGCGGCUUGGUCAUUUCAAGUUCAUCAGCGUGGAAGUGCUGCCGGACCAUCCCGUGAAACCGUACAGCACCGGCAAAUUGAUCAGCCGGAGUAGGCUGCCGACGAGUUGUCCCACCAGCGUUGAAGAGCUUCUGCUGCGAAUAGGUCUGAAGGAGUACACCUCGGUGUUCGUGCUGAAUGGGUACGAAGAUCUAGAGUUGUUCAAGGAACUCGAGCCAUCCGAUUUGGAUUAUUUGGGAAUCGGAAACACAGAGCAUCGUGCCAAAAUACUUGCAGCAGUUCAGCUUCUGCAUGAUCUUGAUUCAACAUCGGACGGUGAGGUAGCUGGCUCCAGCUCGGAGAACGACGAGGGUCUUCGGAUGAGCCACGUCAAGGGUCCCAGCCUGCAUCACGGCAGCAAUCACCAGACGUCUCCUUUUGGCAGGCGGCACUUCCCUCGGGAUUCGGGCUGUUACGAGGGUUCCCCAGUGCCGUCAUCCCUGAACCACGGCCAUGGCAAUAAUCACCUCCACGGCCACAUCUUCAACCACAACCACCAGACGCAGAGCAGCCCGCUGGACAACGAUACGAACAAUCUGGACUCGGUGGUGACGCAGUGCUCGAACGAGAUACUGAAGCGGGUCGAGUGCGCACGGCGUUUCACCGACGAUUCGAAGUUUGUGAUGGGCGGUGAGGUUAAGACGAUGAAUCGGGCCACCAAGAAGGGUGGCCUGCUGGGUGGUGGUGGCGUCGGGGCGGGUGGUAUCGGUGACGAUAUGACGAUCAGGAGCAACGGGCGAAGCGGUGGCGGUGGGGCACUCAGCGAGAAGUCCAGCGAUUCCGGCGUGAGCAGCAGCAGUCUGUCUUCGGGACCUAUCAAGAACAAUCUUUAGCGGCAUUUACUACUGAUUGGGAGCGAGAGAUGAAGGAGGGAACGAUGUAACGGUGAAGCUCACCGCGCGGAAGAGAAGCAGACAGGUGGAUAGGUUAUAGGGGAGAUUUUAAAAUCGUAUGUUCAUUCUAUCUGUCAAGCGCACUGCCAAAUAAUAUGACGAACGUGAGAACGUGGACUGACAGUCGUUUGUUUGUAUCGAUUGUUUGAGUAUACUGGAAAACGCGUUAGAUUUAUUGUUUCUUAAACAUUUGCAAAGAACAACUCGUUCAAAAUUUGUUGCAUGUUAGAUUUUUUUUAUUCGCUCUACACUAUACUCAAACAAUUCGGACAAAAAUGGCGAAACUACCGCCGAAUACCAACGUUUUGAUUGUUAUUGUUAUUCUCUAAUUCUAGUAGGCUAUGGAAUAUAUAUCAAACAAACGAAUACAUGUUAUAUACACACAUACAGACACACAUCAUUCAGCCAAGACUUUUAGAAACGAAACAAACAUGCAGAAACGAUAUAACAACGUAGGAAAACUUGUGAUAACUUGUAGUUUUGUUCGUGGGAAAGCCGUGUUUUCUUUGUUGUUCUGUACAUCUCCAAACUAUUGCGUUUUGUAUAUUUGUGUACAGUAGCGAUGCACUUUGAAUAAGGUCGCAUUUUUUUAUCAUUGCAAUCCUAAGCACAUGUGUAAAAUUUUAUACCAAUCAAAGGCGUUUUUGUUAUCCAUAUGGUGUUUUGUCGUUAAUUUGAAUUAGGAUUGGUUUUGAUGAUGCGACGAGAGAGAAUUUUUAAUGCAUGAAAGCAAUAGCUUAGCGAUUAGUGAUGGCGAAUAAGACAAUUAUCGGGAAGAAGGGAUUCGAACACGAGCUGUACUUUUUGUACAUAAAAAACAUGGAGAGGAUAAAAAUGGUUUUAAGCAUUAGUAGAACAAUUGUGUAAAUAGCUCUCAACCAAUAGUACGAAAUAAUUAGCGAUCUUCGAAUUUAGUCACAUUCAAUUUAUUGGAGACAACCUCUUCUUCCAACGAAAUAAAAAAUUGGUCAAAACAAAGAAAACGGAUUUUAUCAUCUCGGUAGCGAAUCAUGCAAUAGUGAAAUUCUUUUAUAGCUGCUAGAUAAUCGAUAUGAAUGUGAUUCUAAUUCGCCAAAAUAAGAAAAUUAAAAACAAAAUGAUCCAAUCCAAUCAUAAUGUAAUAGGAAGCAAAAUGUUAGGGUUAUCGUAAAAAAAACGCUAGAAAUGUGACGUCUGUUAGGAAGGCAGAGCGGUGUGAAAACAAACGAGGAGGGUCAGGGUUUCAUGAGAUAAACAAUAAAAAAAUUAUAAACGUAAAUUACAUACACACAAAAAGUAGAGGAAAAUUUUCCAUUAAAUGCAUCAACAAACAAACAAAAAAAGCUUAGACAUUUUCUUCGUCACUCGUUCGAAACUGAAACAUCGAGAGUCUGUAAAAUGUAUAGUAUUCCAGUUAUUUUUUUGUGUGUUGAAUUGUGUUGAUACUAACAAAAAUCGAGCUCGAGAAUGACGGAGCCAACCGUGGGAAUGAAACGGAAUGGAUAACCAUCGGAGGAUGAAUGCGUAGCUAGAUGUAGAAACCCUUUGUUGUUUACAUAUUUAUUUCGUUUCGAGAAAUUUUUUCCGCUAUCGAAAAUUUCGUGUACAUAAUUGAAAGCAUAAAUUAUUUAUGAAAACAAAAUUGAAUCGAAAAACAAAUCAAAAUCUUCUAAAAACACAAAUUGAUUCAUAGUCAUCUAUAGUAUGGAAAUGCUAAAAAAAUAAAUCCAAAUCUAAAUCUA